AUGGCAGCCUCCUCAGCAGUUGUCGUGGUUCCGCGACCGCAGAAGGACGCCUCAGCUGUAGCUCUCUCCGCCAUGCGAAUUCCCGCCCUGCUGCUGGUUGCCGCUGUGUGGACUGGUGGGAGCGACGCGCUUGUGUUCCGCGCACAGCUCCUUCCCGGCCCGGUGAACAUCCGUGGCGUUCGCUACACAGAGGGAUGGACGGGGGACGCAACCCGUCAAAACCUACUGCUCACCAACUCGCCCCCGCAGCUAUUCGCCGCACCGACCGACCAUCAUGCGAGCAGGCCGCCGGCCCUCAACAUAAGGUCGCACCCUGUGUCAUCUGGUUUCCUGCACGGCCAGGUCACUCCUGUGCACUUCACUUCGUAUCAGAGUCAUCAGGCGAGUCCAUCGCCACAAAAUUUCGGUAUAAACAGGCCUACAUUUCUUGAUUUUGGUGGGGUACCAAAAACGCUGCAAGCACCGGACAUAGCAAGUGGCGACUGGCUUUCACCGAAUAAUAAAGAACAAGUUGACUCUGGUCAUCUAAACCAGGUAACGUACCUGUUCGCCAGCCUGCUGCCAAUAUCCCACAGCUGA